GCGGCGACGCGCGCGGUGACGCAUCGAGCGCGACCGUCGACGUCGGCGCGAGGCUUCGCGGCGAGCGCGAACGCGCCGAAGCGACCGAGAGGCGCGGACGCGGACGACGCGAACGCAGACUUCGCGAAAUACCUGUUCGCGCUCGUCGUCGGCGUCGUCGGGGCGACGUACGCGUCGGUGCCGCUGUAUAGAAUGUUUUGUCAAGCCACCGGGUUCGGCGGGACGACGCGCCGAGCGACGCUCGAGGAUAAAUUAAAGAGCGAUGCGUGGAGCGAAGCGCGAAGAGACGAGGCGCGAGGACGAGAGAUAACGAUAUACUUUAACGCCGACGUCGCGGAAGGGAUGCCGUGGCGAUUCACGCCGACGCAGAAGAGUAUCAAAGUGAGACCGGGAGAGUCGGCGUUGGCGUUUUACACGGCGAAGAAUUUGACGAAGACGCCGGUGACGGGCGUGGCGACGUAUAACGUGCAGCCGAAUAAGUGUGGGGCGUACUUCAAUAAGGUGCAGUGUUUCUGUUUCGAGGAACAGCGAUUGCGAGGGAAGGAGGAGGUGGAUAUGCCGGUGUUGUUUUACAUCGAUCCCGAAUUCGCGAGCGACCCAAACAUGCGAGACGUGAAGAGUUUGAUUCUCUCCUACACGUUUUUCAAGAGCGAUGAU